GUCCUUGAACGUUGACGUGCCGAAAUAUUUUGCUUCUAGUAGAUGAAUGUUUAAGCUCAGUAGAUCGGACGUGAAAGGUGCUUGGAAUAGUGGAAUAUGAAAUGUUUCAUCCUUGUCAAAAUUUUCCUUAAGUGGAUUUUUAUCAGCCUGGUUUAUCCGCAAAACCGCAAGGACGUGUUCAACGUACCGCGUGAACGAUGGUAUAAAAGUAAGAUGAAGGAAACUGACGUUCUCAGUUUCGUGGGUACCAGGUCGAUGUGCAGUCGAACCGCGACAUGAGGUUCGCACUUUUCUGCAUUUCCUUCAUUUCAAUUAUAUUCGGAAGUGAUGGCUUCAAAUGGUACCGCGAAGACCCAGGACCUCAUUUCGGCGAAGCGACAGAUUGCAGAGGAAGGAGAAUGCAGCUCAGCGAUCAGAUGAAGGAGGUGAAGUGCAUGCCCCGGAAGACAUUGGUGCAAUUGAAACCAGAAUUUGGUUACUCAUUUAGUCCAAGUAUGGUAUCGAUUAACAGAUGCGAUGGACUUUGUGGAGACAAUCUAUCCUGCAUGCCAGUUGAGUCCAAGAAAAAGAGCCUUAUCGUCAGAAGGCACCAUUUCAGCAGCAAACUAUACUCGUGCUUCAGGGUGGACGUUAAAGAAGACGUUAGAUGCAAAUGCGGAUGUAACGUAAGCGAGAAUGACUGUAACAAGUAUCAGAUCUUCAUGGAGGAUGACUGUGCAUGCGAGUGCAUGAACAUGGACGAAAAGUACGACUGUUCCAUGAAGAUGGGAAUGGUCUGGAACCCCAUCACUUGCAAAUGCACAUGUGCCAAAGUAGAGGAAGAAUGUUCCACUGGACUUGAGUGGAUUCCAUCCCUUUGCAGAUGCGGGGUCGUGAUGUUGGAUUGAAAUAUGCAAAUUAACCUCCUUGGAGAUCCGCAACGUCGUCACUCACCUGGUACCGGAUUGUCUUCGAGAUUAAAGCUGGAUGACGUUAAAAUAUAACAAUGUGCAGUUUAUGAAAAAGACUAAGACAUUUGCUGGUGGUAAUUACACACGUAACAGAAAUUAAUAAAUUCUGUCCUGGUA